ACUGUGUCAGCUGACCACGACGUCAUCACGCCAACGAGAACGUGCGUCAAACACAGGAAGUUGAAUUAUCAGCUGAUCCUGCUGGCUGUUGUUGAUGCCUGAAGUUGCUGUUGUUUGGACACUGUGUUGCUCUUAUCUGCUCCUGACAUUGAAGACACAUUAAACCCGAGACAGGGACACGGCGGGCAUUUACCGGCGGACGAGCUUAUGAGUAACAAGGGAAGCGUCUCACAGCUAGGACUUUGAAUUUGCGUACUAGCGGCAGAAAAGCUAGCGCUAAAGAUUGAACCUUCGGUGAAGGGAAGAAAGAAAAGCAGCAAAGGCAGCCGACGGCUUAGUGCGUUUUCUUUGUUUAUGUCGUGCCAGGCGGAACCGCGAUAUUAAUUUUCUUUGUCUUGUAUCUAGAUUUUAUUUUUUGCACAUACGUUAUUUAUAUUUAUACUUUACGCGGAGGGCAGCUAGCUCGCCAGCUAACGUUAGCCAAUAGCGCAAAGAAACAAUCUUGUUGUCAAGCUUUGAUGCUUUCGUAACCGCCCGACAGUUACAGAUACCGUUAGCUAACAGUGAGAAUAGUCGGGUUUGGAAACAUUACUUUCGUGCCUCUGUAUUUUUGUCACUGUAUGUUUGUCACUGGAUCAGGUGCUCUGCUGGAGACACUGUAACGUUAGCCGAACAAGUUGAUGUUAACUCGUUAAAUUGAAGCCUGUUGUUGACGUUUGUGGCUGUUGAACAAGUUUGACUUAUCUGUUUGUUAAUUCCUGACUUUGACUCGAGUGAGUUCGGGUUUCUUUUUUUAUCCAUAUCGAUUUUAAACCACACAAACAAGCAAUAGGUUGACUGACAGCUGGCCUUGUACGUUUUAGGUUUGCUGGCAGGUUGCGUAAUUUGUAUGCAAGCUGUCAGCCUUUGCUGGGUAACUUGUUAAACUGUUAUUUAAAACUUAUGUAUCUCUGUAAGCCUUAGGUGGCGUUGUGGAAGUCAUUUUGAUUAUUUAACACAUUUUAUCAUUCUUCUUUGGUACCGUUUUAAUGUCAAGAACACAAGACAUGUGAUAAAGUGGCCACGUUUUACUGUAACCCAUAGACUGAGUAGCUGUCUGAUGCUCACGCUCAUGAAUUUGGUAGUUUUAGAAAAAUAGGUAGAUAGAGUUAUGAAUUAAAGUAGCCGUCUGAAACUAUUGAGACAGUGCUUUGAUCAGGGACAGACAGACAAAGAGAAAGGGUCCCUCAGAGGGUCCCAUUGUGUCUUGAGGUGAGGUGAGCUGCCCCCCAUUACUUGCCAAUGCUGGAUCUGGAGGUGGUGCCUGAGAGAUCACUAGGAAAUGAGCAAUGGGAAUUCGCCUUAGGGAUGCCAUUGGCCCAGGCCAUCUCUAUUCUGCAGAAACACUGCCGCAUCAUCAAAAAUGUCCAGGUGCUAUACAGUGAACAGACGCCACUCAGCCAUGACCUCAUACUGAACUUGACUCAGGAUGGGAUUAAACUGCUGUUUGAUGCCACAAAUCAGAGACUCAAGGUGAUUGAAGUGUAUGAUCUGAGCAAAGUCAAGUUGAAAUACUGUGGAGUCCAUUUCAACUCUCAGGCCAUUGCCCCCACAAUAGAGCAAAUAGACCAGUCAUUUGGAGCUACGCACCCUGGAGUUUACAAUGCUGCAGAGCAGCUGUUCCAUCUCAACUUUCGAGGCCUGUCCUUCUCCUUCCAACUGGACUCGUGGAAUGAAGCUCCAAAAUACGAGCCUAACUUUGCCAUGGGUUUGGCCUCCCUGCAGAUUCCACACGGGGCCAUGGUCAAGAGGAUGCACAUAUACACUGGCAACAACCUGCAAGAAACAAGAGCUCCGGUGAUGCCAUUGGCUUGUUUCCUUGGUAACAUCUAUGCAGAGUGCGUGGAUGUCCUGAGAGAUCGGGCAGGGCCUGUGGGGCUGAAACUCCGCCUUCUCACUGCAGGUUGUGGGCCAGGUGUGAUGGCUGAUGCUAAAGUGAGGUCCCUAGAAAGGAGCAUCUACUUUGGUGAUUCCUGUCAGGAUGUACUGGGUGCUCUGGGCUCGCCACAUAAAGUCUUCUACAAGUCUGAGGACAAGAUGAAGAUCCACUCUCCAUCUCCUCACAAGCAGGUUCCUUCUAAAUGUAACGACUACUUCUUCAACUACUUCACCCUCGGAGUGGAUAUCCUGUUUGACUCUACAACUCACCUGGUUAAGAAGUUUGUCCUCCAUACCAACUACCCCGGACAUUACAACUUCAAUAUAUAUCAUCGAUGUGACUUUAAGAUUCCACUAGUCAUUAAGAAAGAAGGAGCUGAUUCUCAGACAGAGGACUGCAUCUUAACCACCUACAACAAGUGGGAUCAAAUUCAGGAGCUGCUGGGUCACCCAAUGGAAAAACCUGUAGUGCUCCACAGGUCCUCAUCAGCCAAUAACACCAACCCCUUCGGCUCUACCUUCUGCUUUGGACUGCAGAGGAUGAUCUUUGAGGUGAUGCAGAAUAACCACAUAGCAUCAGUGACUCUCUAUGGUGCUCCACGGAUCGCCAGUCAAGCCCAACCUGAGUCCAGUAGUAGCUCCCACUGAACAAGUAACCAGAACCACAUCCCAUUCUGGCCUGUCCUGAAUCUAGUACCUCUACUGACUGAACCUCUAACCCAGAGCCAGAUUCUUAACCAAGCAGACCUAAUCCAGAACAUCAAAGUUAUUCUUUCCCAGCUCAGAUGCUACUCAUUGAACAGAAACACAACCAGAACCCAGAAUAACGAAACCAAUGUUUCCUGGUGGGUCCUAAGACUUACUCUUCCAAUCAGACACACCCAGUCGGCACAGUCAACCCAGACUAUCCCUGGACCCAGGAUCUAGCGACAUGGUCGCAGUGCUGGAGCACUGACGCUUGAAAUGAAACCAGUGAAAUUAUUUCUUGGUUGUGUGGGAAUAUCACGGUGGUGCUGCAAACUGACAUGGUGAAGAAAUCUGUGCUCUAGUAGAGCUCAAAUUUUUCCUGUUUCCGUCCAGUGACUGCAUUCGCCCAGGACCACAGAAGAAGACUUUGUCCAGACUGUAGUUUGGAUGGCAUGGUUCCACCAAUAAGAUGUAAUGGCAGCCUGUAUAUGACAAUAACCUCCAUAACAUUCUGGUGGUGAGAUGAUCAGCAUUUAAAUAUCAUCUGCAACAAAUCGUUAAGUGUUUUACAUCAAAUAUAGAGUUGUGAUGUUAAUAUGACCGCUAGUGAAAACUGGUGUGGCCAAAAUCUUGAAACAAACUCUGGCUUGACCCACUGAAUACACAUCAACCAACCACACUGCCAGCCCAACCAGUACCGCCUGUCUUCCUGUCACAACCUCAGAACCAGACCCAACUGGCUCAAUCAGCACCUGGACACAUCUAAACCCCAAGAACCAAACCAACCCAACCAAGAGCCAUCCAAGCCAACACAUUGGAAGCUGCAGAGGACUGUAACCAAAAACAGAAAAACAUGAGAAUCCAGAUUUUGUCGUACAAGAACCAAACGCACUCAGGGUUUGGAGAAACAUAUGGCCCAGAUCACACCCAUCAAUGGCCAGGUGACCAGAUAUGAAGCCUCUCCUAGCAGAACGAUCCAAACAUCCAACAUCAGCUCCCUCUUCCACCUUCCUGCUCACCCCCACCCCCCAACUUGCUUCAGUGGUCCCCACAAACACAAACGCACACACACACACGUAAGCACACAACAGUUAACAUUCUAUUAACCCACAGCCGUUGUUAUUUGCAGCUCUGGACGUUGGCAUGUCUGUUACCUUGCUUACACACACAACAACACACACUCGCAUAAAUGAGCAUCUGCAUGUGUUAGGCUGCUAAUUUUUAAAUUGACAUUUCAACAGACUUUUAAUUCCAGCACACACACAGCAUUUCAAUCCCUUCACUACUAUACUCACAUGCAUUUCUAAUACAUGAAAGCUGGUUUAUCUUUUUAGCCUUUUUAUGGUGACACAAACAUGGAGACAUGCAGGCAUAACACAAGGAUUUGCAUGAACUUGGCAGACGUUUUUUGAAUGAGAGGAGACUUAUUACAAGCACAAACUGGCAGCCUAUUUUGUUUUUUUGAUCCUGCAUGUUGUGAAGGGUGUGGACUUGGCACACAGUUGUAUUAUUUCUCUCUGCCCAGCUUCACUCAUUCACACCAUGACCAUUUUCAUUGUGUUCUUUCAAAAAACAGUUUUUACAUUUGCACUAAUACACACCUUUUUACUUGAGUGGUUGAUUGUGCCCUAUCCUCAGAGAUGGAUUUGUGGAGACAUUUGAAGAGAUAGUGGUGUGUGUGUGUGUGUGUGUGUGUGUGAGAAUGUGUGUGUUUGUAUCCAUACGUUUGGACAGAGUAGAGGUCCUUCCCAUGGUGCAUGGUGUAUGCAGUCAUUUCCUCUGUGUUACACUCUUCUCCCUCUUUCUCCAUCUCUACAUCUGAUUGAUUGAUGCAUUGCAAUUCAUCCCUCAGCAAUGUCUGCAUUUAUUUCUUUGUUGAAUUGCCAAAUGCUACAGCCAAAGACAUUUCAGGAUGAUUUCAUUUGAUCUGCUGACAUUAUCACUGUAAUCUCUUGUCUAAACCUGUCCUAUGGAGAGAGUCGCGUGUCGGCCAUCUCCUUUCUCUUGCAUCUUUUGUUUCAAAUCUGCACAUCAAAGUCAUUGCUGUGGUAAAGCCUCUAAAUUCAGCUCCUGGUUCCUGUAACUGCUGACAGUAAUUACACAAGACCUGAAUAGCUGACUUAUGUGAGUGUUUUUAAACCAAUCAGCAUGCAUCUGGAUUUGGUUACAGCCAGAGACACAUUAAGAAUAGUAACAACUAGUGUCGUCUUUCAUGUGGUCGUCUCUUGUACAGUGAUUAUUGUUGUCAGAGAGCUGUAAUUUAAAGAAUUACCAUUAUUUCUCUGUGGAUUCAGUACAUUUGAACCCAUUUAGGAAAUGGGGAAGAACAUCAGUCAUUCCUUCAUCAUAACAUUUAUUUGCAUCUCCCUUCUAAUGUAUGAAUUUAAAAUCUUUUUAAUCAUAAGCAUUUGAAUAAACUGUGUAUUAAUUUUAAUACACAUAUUCUCUUUUAUUGUCCCUUGAUACAAAUGCCAUUUGUUUUUAUUUUUUCACUUUUGCUGAAUUUAUGAUUGAUUGUAUGAACAUGUGUGAAGGCAUCAGGGUUGAAGUCAGGGCCCGUCUACACAACAGUGUUGAAAGUGCUGACCAGAGAAUUAAGAGCAUAAAAUGCCAAGUUAGGUGGUUUGCAUGGAAUGGGUAAUUGAGCAGUUUGAAGCGAGUUUUGACGUUCAAACUGGCUUCACGGUGGUAGUUUAUUUUGGAUGUUUUACUACUCGAUUGAUUAAUUGAUAGAUUUUUUUUUUAAACCAAGUGGUAUCACAAUGUGAAUUUGUGUGAGACCAGCAGCAUCCACAAGGACCAGCCAACCCACUGUGCUUAAAAGCAGUUUUUCAGUAAAUAAAUUAUAGUAUGAAAACUUUUAUCCAUAUUGUCAGAAGGAAAGAAACGCUCACUCCAAGUGUCUAAAUUAUUGAUUCAAUAUAAUUCCUAUUCCUGUUAAAGAGCAGUUGAAGAAAAGUGUUUCUAUGCUGUGUAAAUCCUGUUAGUUCGCCACUUCUGAAAAAUUCUUUUUAUGUAUUCGGGCCCUGAUGCUUGGAGUUGAUGUACAAAUGCUGUAGAUAGUUGUGUGCUCUUAUUUACAUGAUCUUAAUGGCUUGGGACAGACACAGUGACUGAGUAUCUCAAUAUUUCCUCCUUGAUUCUGAUGAGACUUAAAACUCAGGAGGAGGCAUCUGCUCACAACUUUACUAUCAAAUAUUUUCCUUUUUUAACUCCAGAUCACUCAGUAUUGAAACGUUUUCUCGUGCAAUGCUAAGUCUGCAAGUACACAGAUGUGUUGGGUGUCAGUAGAUAGCCCUGCUUCAGCUCUGCUUGAACUGUGACUGCAGGGUGUUUGACGUUUGAUCCACAGAAACGGCAUAAAAUAAAAAGCUCCAUUUACGCAGGCAGGGAAAACAAUAAUUCUUCUUCACAUUUGGUCUGGAAGGGAGCUCUGGUAGAGAUGUGUUUGUAGAGUCGACUGAAUCUGAUUUGGAGUCUAUCCAGUGGCAUGUUGCUAGAUUUUAGGUCUACUUGUUUACCACACUAGAAAAAUAUCUCUUUGGCUGCAGCUUACUUGUAGCCAGACUCCCUCAUAAGUGAGGUGAUGUGGAAGCAGGAGAGGUGAAUAUUUCACAGUCUAGUUUCUUAAACUGGGAUCCCAAAAGCUAUUAAGAUUAAUUCCAACAAAUAACCAAAUGUUCUCACUGGGCUCCCAGGUUUAAGACGUUUAAGAGCAAUGGCUGUCCAGCAGUGUCUGAUUAACUUGGAAACACAAAGUUCCCAACUCCUGUUCUGGUUUAUCCACAUCUUGAGCUGAAUAGGGAAAAAUGUAAUAUAACUGUCAUGAAAGCUAUAUUCAAACAUUUUACUACAACUUGCUUUUGUGCAAGUAAAAAUGAGAGAAUCAAGAAAAAGAAAACACAAAACUGUUGAACAUUGUGCCUCAUCUCCCACCGAGCCUGUCUUUGACUUCUGUCUCUCCUCUGUAAAAAGGAAUCUCCUUGUACAUACGAUUUGAGAAUGCAUUUGACCUGCAUCAUUGUAUGUAUGUGUGCGUGUCACUGAGCAUUAGCAACAAGCUAAGAUGGUAUUAUGGCUGUCUCGUUUUAGUUUUCCUGUUACCUGGAAGGGUUUUUCAGGGGGGGUUUUCCACCAACAUUUUAUUUUGUACUUUGUUCUGUUUCUUAGUUUUAUGUGGUGUGUGUGUGCGUGUUUAUAACUACACCAAACACCCAGAACAAUGUGCAAAUGUUCAUAGCCCUUAAAAGCUCAUUAUAGUUGCUGUGGAAUACAAUAUUUUAGCAAUGCAAUUCUGCCAAAAAAAAUUAUAUAUAUAUAUCCAGUUGAUGGUAUCUGAAAAAAGAAUAGAAUGCAUGCUGACAGAUUUUCAUUAAAACCUGAAGGAAAACCAAUCUUUAUCUCCCUCCAGACUGCUGAAUUUAAAUAAAUUGGUCAUAGCCCCAAAACAUCUCAGAGCUAACUUGAGCGCCGCUCCAUUGGAAGCAGAUGGAUCAAAGACCAUGUGAAAAACAGAAACCGCAGAGGCAAUGGUGAAUGAAGCUAAUCGAGAUGCUUCUGUGGGAAAACAUACAUAAAGGCUCAUUUAUUUAGGGGGAAACUGAGCCUAGAACAAUACAGACGUUAGAUGCUGACAUGGGAAGGAAAACAGAUUCUACUCAUUUAACCCAGUUUUGGUAAGCCCAGCCCAGCGCCAUUGGCAGUCAGUGCUGUGAUGAUAUAUUGUUACUGAGAGACCAAGAGAGGAGCUUUAGGGUGCUGGGUAGUUAAUCUCACCCAAACUCAGGUGGACAUAUCACAUCCUUGUUUUUCUAAAAAAAAAAUUAAGCUAGAAAAACAAGUGAAAACUUUAAUCUGGAGGUCUGUGUUGCUUUUAAAUUUCACCUUUUUUUUCAUUUCACUGAAUGCAGGAAUGAAUGAUUGUCAUAACCAGAUUGUUGUAACUUAUAACAGACAGCUUCAGUUCAGUGUAAUGAUAAUCUCAUGUUAACGCUUUGUAUUGUCUGUUCUUGGUAUCAUAUGUUCUGUUGUCCAUCUCGCUUAUUCUCCUCAGAAUAUAUUAUGUGGACAUUUUAAGCCCAUUUCUGGAAAUGAGGCAGUUAUACUUAAUUAAAACUUGUGAAAUUCAUUGGAAUGUGGCGUUUUUAUAUUUUGAUUACUAUAACUUUGUGUAUGAAGAAAUAAGUAGAUUUAUUCAGCAUGUCCACUGAAAAAAGGCAAUAACAAUACCAUGUAGUGCAAAUAAAAGGAUUAGGUUGACUGAAAGCUUUGCUCCAGCAAAAUACUAAGACUGUGUUUGAUGAUGCUUGUUGAGAUGAGCUACUGCUGUGCAAUCUCUAACAACGCCAAUGCAACAUUUAGACUUUUAUGAAAUCAAAUGCUCUGUGUUCAUUGACAUCAAAGUUCAUUUUCUGCGUGUGCAACCAGGACAUGAAGCAACAAUAAAAAUGUGGAUGUGAAAAAGA